ACUGGACGGGCGGUCCGCCAACAGUAUACCGAAGACGCCAGUGCCAGCAACAGCAACAGAGCAGCACCGGAGCACCAGCAGCAGUGGCAGCAGUAUAAUAUUAUUUGUCUAUAUAAACCAGCGAAGACUGUUCUCGACUUACAUACCAAUAAUUAGAUCGCUCGCGAUAUAAUAUAAUCGUUUUUCCUUAUUAGUUUAUUAUUAUUAUUAUCUUUACUUCGGCGGACAUAUCGCACGUAGUAGUAGCGAGUUUCAUUUCUCGUAUCGACAUUAAGUUUUUAUUUCUAAGCUCGGCGAGACCGGAAACGUGACAUAAAACUCAAACUUCCCCAGCAGUUGAGUUCCGCGGGCUGCAAUCCACGCCUUCGCGCAAUACCGUCCGUCAGUUGGCAUUUGCCAUUUAACAUUUAACGAUAUUGUGGUGACACGCCGACGAUGAGGAUCACCGGCAGCAGCAGCACGAGCUGCAGCGUCGUGGCUAUAACGACCUUUAUGCUGGUCGUAGCGACCGCUGCCUUAGAAGAUUUCAACGCACAGGCUAACUUUAAUGGUGAAUCGCAGAAGCUACUACACCGUGAAACUAGAGCUUUAGAAGUCAUCACCCGGCUAUUAGGUAGCAGCAGCGGGACUGUAGCUGGAUCAUCAUCCAGUGGAACGUUGGAUGCAGGAGCAGCUCCAGCUUCGGCACCGGCCGAUGCAAGCAGUGGCAGUGGAGCCGUACUAAAUCUAGUCGCCCCGUUGGUGGGAAGCAGCAGUGGUAGCGUUAGUGCUGGAUCUGCGGGAGCCGCGUCCGGCACAGGAGACGUCAGCAAAACUGACGGAAGCGGUCCGGACUUGGCUGGUCCAAAUGGAGCCACUGGUGGUAGCAGCUUUUCCAGUAUUCUGUCUCUUUUGGGACCCUUGUUGGGUAGCAGCAGCGGUAGUGGUGGUAAUGGUGGAGAUGGCGGAGACAAUUUGAAUGGCAAUGGAGGCGCUGGUAGUCCGGCUGGUUCUAAUGUCUUGAGUCUGUUGUCCGGUUUGCUGGGUAGUAGCAGCGGGUCCAGUGGUACGUCAGCUAGUGGCGGCGGUGGUGUUGGAGGUGGAGAUCCAUCAACAGGCGGCGCAAGUGACGAUACAGGCGCCGGAGCGGGUGGUUCAGGAUCCAGUAGCAUAUUGGCACUGAUUGGGCCAUUGAUAGGCAGCAGUAGCGGUGGAGCCGGUGGUGACGGUGGCGAUGGUACCAACGGUGGUGCCGGCGGUGGUUCUGAUCUUCUGGGUUUCCUAGGAUCGAGCAGUGGUUCCAGCAGCGGCGGACCUGGUGGAAAUGGAGCCGCUUCGGCUUCUGGCACCCCGGUAAGAAGGCGUCAGAUUGGAGGCUUUUUCCGUCGACCAUUUGCGUCAGUGGCAGACACUAACGAGCAAGAUGUCACGUAUACACAGCUGUUGAACGACCGACCCCGAGACCUGCGUCGCCGGUUGUGGUUGUAAAUCACCAGCGGCAGCGGUAACGGCGGCGGGAGUGGCGUACACUCAUUAUAUAGUACCUAGUUAAGUAGUAAUAAAGCACCAACACCAGCUAAAGCUCACUCUAUAUGUACGUAUGUAUGUAUGUAUGUAUGUAUGUAUGUAUGUAUGUAUGUAUGUAUGUAUGUAUGUAUGUAUAUACAUAUAUAUUGUCUAACCGACCGACCGACUAAUACGCGUCAUCCGACGUUUACGUCGUAAUAAUCAUCGUUUACAUGAAGAUGAACGUAUAUAUAAUAUAUGUUAUAAAAUUAUAAAUUAAUGUACGGAUAGGUCAACUACGGACGGCGACAACGAUGAUAAAUUCGAUACUAAAAAUAUCAUCGUCACGCUCGUUCCACUCACCACCAAGCACUCGUAAUCCUUCUCUCUCUCGCUCUUUCUGGUCAUAUUAUGUAAUAUUGGCUGAUGCAUAAAAUAUUAUACAAACGUUUUCAAACCCGUUAUAAAUUUCAAAAGCUGGUUAUGUUUUUGGGAGUGAACGCCUAACGUUUUCGUAUUGGUUUGCUAAUAUUGCACAUAAUAUGCAUAGUAAAUGUUCAUACAUGUACAUGUAUAUAUACAAUUUUAAAAACAAAAAAUAUAAUACAUUUUUUUUUAUUCGGUCAUAUCAUAAUAUAUUAUAAUACGUAAAAAAAAAUAAUUCAAUUUUAUGCAUUGGGAAACACAAUAUCGAUUAAUUCGUGAUUGUUCAAACAGUGAAAUAGAUAAAACAAUUAAUUAGUACAUUUUUGAUUUUUAUUUCUUACAAUUUCAUUUAUUUUUGUGUAAAACCUCUUGAGACUCCUGCAUCGUGGUAUUUUCAGUUAAUCACUGUUUUCGUAAAUAAAUUGAGAAAACGUCACUAAGAUUAUUUCUAGUCUUUCGUCGUCGGCGUCUGUUAUUUUCCGUUCAUCCGUACGUCAUAUUAAUAUUAUAUAUUAUUAUGUUAAGUUAUUACACGUAUAAUAUGUACAUUAUAUUAUUAUAAAUAUAAAUAUAUAUUUUUAUAAAUUAAGUAGUUUAAUGUAGCUAAUAUAAAAUAAUUUGUGUACACGCACAUAUUAUAUAGGUACUGUACGAUAAGUAUGUGUGUGUAUACGAAAAAACGCCAUAUUAUUAUCAUUGUCACACAUCAUAUACAUUUAAACAUCAUCGCAUUACGUUUUUUUUUUACAAUUGAAUUAGUUUAUUAUAGGACUUAAUUAUAGUAGUUAGUUAGUAGAGUAGUAAUUAUUGUAGUAAUCCACACAUAUACAUCGAAAUCUAGAUUAGUACCUAUAUAUAGGUAGCGGUGUGCCGGUGUAUAAUAUUGAAUAUAAAUAUAUUUUUUGUGUUACAAAUAGACCAGUGGUAAUAAAAAAAUGUAGUCUUAGACAAUUUUAAUAUUAUUAUAUUAUAUAGUUAUAGUUUAUUGUACAUAGCAUUAUAAGACGGGAAUCAAAACGCAAAAUGGUGAUAAAGACUAAUUUUUAAAAAAAUGUUUUGUUAAAAUGUGUUAUAUUUUAACAAAAUCCUUAUCGUCAAUUGUCGUGUAGCUAUAUUAUAGUGCAUAAUAAUUAUUAUAGUGUGUAUAUUAUGGAAACCA